AUGGCCGUCGCACAGGUGAACCUGGAAGACUUCAGUGUUUACAGUCUUCUGUCCGACGAAGAGCUGUUACACAUUGUUGUAGAGAGAAGCCUUUGUGACAGACACCAUCCUCAUGACUGGGCCCACACUUCGAUGACAUCAUCAUCAUCUUCAUCAUCUUCAUCAUCACCAUCAUCUUCAUCUUCAUCAUCAUCAUCAUCAUCAUCAUCACCAUCAUCAUCAUCAUCAUCAUCACCAUCACCAUCACCAUCAUCACCAUCACCAUCAUCAGCCCCUCCCCCCACUGCUGCAUCCACUCAAAAUAACUUCAGUCCUGUUCAGAGACAUCUUGAUCCCCCCAGACACCUGUACCACACAAACACAACACAAGCCCCACCCCCAAACCCCCCACAGGUCCCCAGCUGUGUAAACCCGCCAACAGGCCGGUCUCAGUUCCUCUAUAGAGGCUUUUCCAGAGAGCUCAGCCCUGUGACAUCAAUGAUUGUAAACGGGGACACUGACACUCUGAGGGAUCUGGUCAGACGGGGGUCCGACAGUCUGAUGAAGCCAAAUGAUGAAGGCUGGAUUGCUCUUCAUGAAGCAGCUUAUUACGGAAAGCAGCAGUCCGUCAGUAUCCUGAUCAGAGCCUUUCCCGAGUCAGUGAACAGACGCAGUGCUAAGAAUCAGACGGCUCUGCUGCUGGCGGCCGGACGAGGAAACGUUUCCUGUGUCGACUUUCUCCUGAAUCACGGAGCCAACCCAAACAUCGCCAACACAGACCAAGAGACACCGCUGUUCAUAGCCUGUGAGAGUCCAAACAGAGACGUGGUGCACCUGUUGCUGAGGUCUGGAGCUCAGGUGAACCGUUGCUCCGUUCAGGGGGUCAGUGCUCUUCAGGAAGCCUGCAGACACGGACAGCUGGAGCUCUGCACCAUGUUACUGGACGCCGGAGCGGAUUUAGAGACCAACAACAUCUAUGGCAUCACGCCGUUCUUCACUGCAGCUCAGCACGGAGAGAUCCUCAUCAUGCACCUGCUCUACGAGAGGGGGGCAGAUAUCAACGACUCGGCGGGGGAUGGAGCCACACCGCUGUUUGAAGCCUGUAAGAACGGUCACGUCUCUGCUGUGGAAAUGCUGCUCGCUCUGAAAGCUGAUGCCAACCAAUCCGUGAAGUCGGGCCUGCUGCCUCUUCACGUGGCCGUUCAGAACAAUCACAAACAGAUCGUGAUGAUGCUGAUCCCGGUGACCAGCAGGGUCAGGAUCUGGCUCUGUGGUAUCAGUCCUCUGCACGUUGCAGCAGAGAAGAACUGGGACGACAUCAUGGAGCUGCUGAUCCAGUCCGGCUUUGACGUCAACGCCAAGCUGUCAGCACAACACUCCAUGAUGUACGAGGACCGGCGGACCACAGCGCUCUACUUCUCCGUCUACAACGGGAACCUGGUGGCCUCGGAGAUGCUCCUGGAGGCCGGCGCCGACCCUAACCUGGACGUGUUCAACCCUCUGCUCAUCGCCGUGCGGCUCGGCUGGUUGGACAUGGCGACGCUGCUGCUGAAGUACGGGGCUGAUGUCAACGCUCAGAUCUCCACCCAGCCGUCCUCGUUCCCGUCGGCCAUUCUUCUCAACAUGGAGUCUCUGCCCGUGCUCAAACUGCUGCUGGUUAACGGCUGUGACGCCCGGCCCUGCUUCACCUGCCCACACGGCCAAAACACACAUCCGGCUGUCACACAACCCGAUGAAGAAACUCAGCCCGGCGGAGAUUUGUUACCACUGCGCUGCGUUCAGUUCUGCGAGACGGUCUCCAGCCCGUCCUUCUGCCGCGUCACCGGCCCCAUCAUCUCCACGCUGCUCGACCACGUCGGCCACGUCCAACUCUGCGCCCGCCUGCUGGAGGUCCUGGAGAACUGCAGUGACUUGGCGCAGAUCAAGCUCAAGGCUGCUCCCCCUCGUCCUCUGAUGCAGUACUGCAGGCUGAAGAUCAGGCGUCUGCUCGGAGUCCACAGACUCAGACUGCUGCACACUCUGCCACUUCCUGCCCAACUCAUCCACUUCCUGUGCCAUAACCUCACCGGCUCCCUCACCUGACCGCACCUGACCACAGUCACAUCAGCGUCCUUUAGCCCGCUCAGCUUCUCCACCUAGGAACAAAACAUAUAACAUACUCAGUAUUAAUACGAUACAUGUGUUUAAUAUAAAGAAUGAAGGGACUUUUUUUUUUGUCACAUUCAAGCAUCAAGCUGUGGUUAUGUAACAUUAUCUUCUUAAUUUGUUUUCUUUUGGUCGCUCUGUAACAUGUUUACAUCCUGGUUCAGUAUUAGGGGCGUGGUCUCUUUGAGUGACAGGUGGGUUUGUUGAUCUGUUUGUUGUAAGGCUUAAGCCCCGCCUCUUUGUCUGUUUGUAGUUUUAUAUAAAAUUAGGUAGAGUAAGCAUUUCCAACAUGCUUCAAAAUCUCCCAUUAAGAAACUGACGAUGACAUCACUGAGACUACAGUACGUCCAUAUUUUACACAGAAUAUGGAAAUAACUGCAGAAUCAACAAACGCUGAGUAGAUGUGUGAUUUACAGAAUUUCAGGACGUGCUGCUGGAUGUCACCAUCGCAGCUCUCUGACAUCAUCAACGUGCUGCUCUGUGCUUCUUUAAA